AUGACUGACUUGGGUCUUUUAUAUCAUUUCCUUGGUAUGGCAGUGAUUCAAACUGAAUCCUGCAUUUUCAUAAAUCAAAAGAAGUAUGCUCUGACAUUGCUGAACAAGUUUGGUCUGAAACAAUGUAAGCCAGUUAGUACUCCUCUUGUGGCCAGUGAAAAAUUGUGCAAGGAAGAUGGAAGUGAUCUUGCAAAUGAGAGUGAGUACAGACAAAUUGUAGGUAGUCUGUUGUAUUUGACAGCUACAAGACCUGACAUUAUGUUUGCAGCUAGCUUAUUAGCUAGGUUCAUGCAUUGCCCAACUAAGAAACACUAUGGAACGGCUAAGAGGGUGCUGAGGUAUAUCCAAGGCACAAUUGAUUUUGGUAUAGAAUAUCAUAAAGGAAAAGAAGUUGUCCUAAUUGGGUAUUGUGAUAGUGACUGGAGUGGAAGUCAAGAUGAUAUGAGAAGCACUUCAGGUUAUGCUUUCUCUUUUGGCAGUGGAGUAUUCUCUUGGGCAUCAGUCAAGCAACAUAAUGUUGCUCUCUCCACAACUGAAGCUGAGUAUGUAAGUGCAAGUGAAGCUACUACACAAGCUAUAUGGUUGAGGUUUGUUCUUAAAGACUUUGGAGAAUUGCAGACUGAGGCAACUCCAUUAAUGGUAGAUAAUACCUCUGCCAUUGCAAUGACAAGAAAUCUUGUUUUUCAUCAGAAAACCAAGCACAUCAACAGAAGAAAAGCCCUCGCGUUUCUCUCUCUCCUCCGCGUGCUCUCUCUCUCACCCCGACGGCAGCCUCUCCCUCUCUCUCUUCGAAACUCCGGCCACCGUCCAUGGCAGCGAACGGGACCUGUGCCAAAAAGACCGACUCAGCCCCGCCGUCAAGACCUGGCCCUUCCCCGACAUCGGCCGCCGCUUCAGCUGUCGGAAAACGCUAGUUUCAGACCGGUUUUCGCUCGAAACUUCGCUGGCUCAAUCUCUCUCCUCCGGCCGCCAAUUUUGGCAAUCCAGCCUGAUUUCGGGAUGAGAUUCCGGCCACUUCCAGUCAGUUUUUGGGGUAUGCCUAAGAACAAAAGUGACUCCAAAUAG